AUGGCGUCGUGGUCCACCGGCCUCUGCGGCUGCUUCCACGAGACCACGACGUUGGCGGCUCUUCCUGCAGGCUGCCUGACCUUCUUCUGCCCGUGCGUCGCCUUCGGGAGGAUCGCCGAGAUCGUCGACAAGGGGGCCAUAUCAUGCUGUGCGAGCGGGACGCUGUACAUGCUUCUGGCCAUGACGACGGUGGUGGGCACCGGCUUCUACUCCUGCUGCUACCGUGCCAAGCUGCGGGAGGAACACGGGCUCGCCGAGAAGCCCUGCGGCGACUGCUGCGUCCACUUCUUCUGCGGCCUCUGCGCCCUCUCCCAGGAGUACCGCGAGCUCAAGAACCGUGGUUUCGACAUGAGCGCGGGAUGGGAAGCCAACGCGGAGAGGAUGGGGAAGACCGCCGCGCCCUAUGUGAACUCCGGGAUGACUCGUUAGGUGGAUCCAAAUGCAGUGCACACUUCUAUUCUAGUAGUCAACAUGCAGCUUCUAUUCUAGUCUUGUUUCUUGUGAUCCAUGUAAUUAAUAUGUGUUAGUGAACCCUCAAAAUAAAAAGUGUGCAAGGGUGUUUUCCUGUAACUCCGGUGAAAUCAUGUUACUGUGUGCAAGUGCGGGAUGGGAAGCUAGCUUAAGUCUUGAAUGCAGUUAAUGGGUGUUGUGACCGCAUAUUUGUAUGGACGACUUGA